AUGGAUUGUUGUAGAGUGCUCCAUGCCGAGGGUACCGAGGAUAGGGAACAUGUGUCAGUCGGAACUCAUCCGGACGCUGGAAUUAUUUACGGUGGGACAGGCCUGCCAACGCCCGUGCGUGACGUGAGCACUCCAUGGGCAUGCAAGGGCGGAGGCAGGUUGUCCCAAUACCGUGACGCAGCGAAUCUGAAGGAGCCCCGAAACGCUACUGUGCGAUGUUUUAGAGUGGCAAAAACGUGGGUACACUCCCUCCUGGGGUAUCUGCUGUGA